UCUGCUGCAAUCUCUGGAAACUGGUGUCUGACGCGCGGCUGCUCCCGCCCGCCCGUUAUUUAUUUCUUCUUUUCUUCCUGCUGAGACCCUCCUGACAGAGGGAGAGCAGACAGAGAAAGACAGAAGCUACAGGGGAGCUGGGAGCCAAAAGGAGGUGGAGAAAGACUUCCUUACACCCCUGUCUGCUUUCCAUAGAGCACCAUGAGCACUGGGCAAGAGGCCAGGAGAGAUGAGGGAGACUCCAGGAAAGACCAGGAAGCCUCCCUUCGGGACCGAGCCCACCUGAGCCAGCAGCGCCGACUCAAACAGGCCACCCAGUUUUUGCACAAGGACUCGGCUGACCUGCUGCCCCUGGACAGCCUCAAGAGGCUCGGCACCUCUAAGGACCUGCAGCCACACAGUGUGAUCCAAAGACGCCUGGUGGAGGGAAACCAGAGGCGACUUCAGGGGGAGUCUCCCCUGCUGCACACCCUGAUCCGUGGCCAAGACAGCAGCAGGACCAGUGUGACGCAGGUUCCAGCUCUUCUUGUCAACUGCAAGUGCCAGGACCAGAUGCUUCGAGUGGCGGUGGACACGGGGACCCAGCACAACCAGAUAUCCGCUGGAUGCCUCCGGCGCCUGGGGUUAGGAAAGAAGGUCCUAAAAGCCCCAGGUGGGGAUCUGGCACCUGAGCCACCAAGUCAGGUAGAGCAGCUGGAGUUAGAGCUGGGGCAGGAGACUGUGGCAUGCUCGGCCCGGGUGGUGGAUGUGGACAGCCCUGAAUUCUGCCUGGGACUGCAGACUCUGCUCUCCCUCAAGUGCUGCAUUGACCUGGACCGUGGAGUGCUUCGGCUGAAAGCCCCCUUCUCGGAGCUGCCCUUCCUGCCUCUGUAUCAAGAGCCUGGCCAGUGACCACUGUCUCAGCCAGUCCCUGGGGCGACCCCGUGCCUUAGGGAAGAGUGUGUGGGUGGGGAUUACCUGAGCAGGGCCUCUGGAGACCACUGCACUAGUUUCGUCCCUCACCACCCUGACCCUGCAGUCGGCCACCUCCUUCUCUGCUUCUCCAUCGCUGCCCUCUGCCCUUCUCUGAGGUCCUGGCUUCCCCAUUCUCUCUUAUCCCUUCCCAAGUGACAACCAAGUCACUUACAGAAAAGGACCUCCAGGAAACGGGCUCUCGACUUCACCCUGGAUGUGGAGGUUACGUGCUGCCUUCACCGACACAUGCCCC